CAGAUUGAACAGGAGCGUAUCGAUAAAAUCUGGCCCAAACUGCGCGUGCUGGCUCGGUCCUCACCAACUGAUAAACACACUUUGGUUAAAGGCAUCAUUGAUAGCAGCGUUGUAGAACAGAGGCAGGUUGUUGCAGUAACAGGAGACGGAACUAAUGACGGCCCAGCUUUGAAGAAGGCUGAUGUGGGCUUUGCCAUGGGUAUCGCAGGGACGGACGUGGCUAAAGAGGCGUCUGACAUUAUCCUGACUGAUGACAACUUCAGCAGCAUUGUCAAGGCAGUGAUGUGGGGAAGAAACGUCUACGAUAGCAUCUCCAAGUUUCUGCAGUUCCAGCUCACAGUCAACGUAGUGGCUGUCAUCGUGGCCUUCACCGGGGCCUGUAUCACCCAGGACUCUCCCCUGAAGGCGGUGCAGAUGCUGUGGGUAAAUCUGAUCAUGGACACGUUUGCUUCUCUGGCCCUUGCUACCGAGCCCCCCACUGAGGCCCUGUUGCUACGAAAGCCUUAUGGCCGGAACAACCCGCUCAUUUCACUGACCAUGAUGAAGAACAUCCUGGGCCAUGGAGUGUACCAGCUGGUCAUCAUCUUUACCCUGCUGUUCAUAGGCGAACGAAUGUUCAACAUUGACAGUGGUCGUAAUGCUCCGCUUCACUCCCCGCCCUCUGAGCACUACACCAUUAUCUUCAACACCUUUGUCCUCAUGCAGCUUUUCAACGAGAUCAAUGCUCGCAAAAUCCAUGGAGAGAGAAAUGUUUUUGAUGGCAUUUUUUCUAACCCAAUCUUCUGCUCCAUUGUUUUGGGAACUUUUGCUGUGCAGAUCGUGAUUGUGCAGUUUGGAGGGAAACCCUUCAGCUGUGCUCCUCUCAACAUCGAGCAGUGGCUUUGGUGUCUGUUUGUGGGAGUUGGAGAGCUGCUCUGGGGGCAGGUGAUUGCUACAGUUCCUGCAGAGCGACUGCCGUGUUUGAAGGAGGCGGGGUUGGGACUAGAACCAGGGGAGGAGGAAGGGGAGGAGCUGGCAGAGGAUGAGGAGGAGAUCGACUGUGCAGAAAGAGAGCUGCGCCGUGGACAGAUCCUCUGGUUCAGAGGCCUCAACCGUAUCCAGACCCAGAUGCGAGUGGUGAAAGCAUUCCGUAGUUCACUGUACGAGGGCCGGGAGAAACCGGAAUCCCGCAACUCCAUCCACAACUUCAUGGUCCACCCAGAGUUCCUCAUCAAUGACCUCAUCCACAACAUCCCGCUGAUCGACGACACCGAUGUGGAUGACGAAUCAGAACUCAGCAGAUACCAGCACCUGCACCCGGCCCUCCGCAAGCCGCCCCCGCCUCCCACCCAGCCCCAACCCCCGCCUCGCACCCAUCCCACCCGUCCCUACCGCCAGUACAGCCUCCCAGUGACCCCAUGCAACCGAAACAACAACAACAACAGCAGCAGCAGCAGCAGCAGCAGCAUUGAUUCAAUGGUCGCCUACAGCAACCGAAACAGCACCAACGCAGUCAUCACCUACAACCGAAGCCCUCGUCAUCACCACCACCACCUCCACCAUAAUCAUCAUGGCAGGGACAGGCCGGUGAAACCCUCAACCCCCUACCCGGCCCAUCUCUACUGUGUGGAGACCUCCUUAUAACUGAUCUGAACUUGGGUUUGGGAGGGGGGGUGGAAAAAGGGGGGAUGAAGUUAGGGUGAGAACAAGAGAGGGCUGAGGACACACACACAUGACAUUUUCAUCUAAUCGCCCUUUCAACAAGCUCACAAGAGGGAGCAAAGGACAAGGAGGGAGUGGACAAUGGCCGGAGACUUCUGCUUACAACUCCCUGAGAACAUGUUGCCACUUUCUCUCCCUUUGCCCUUACUCCAGCCCUCUCAGUCUGACUCCCCACCUUCACCCCAGUCCCUCCCCUCCUUUACCCACAAAACCAUCCAACUCAGUCUGUCACCCCCUUCUUGUGGAACCCCACUCACCCUGCCCAGCUGCACACCGACUUCAUGCACGCUCUUGUCACACACACCUGCAGGUCUGCUUUGGCAGGGUCUGGGGGGGGGGGGCAGACGUCCAGAA